GGGUGAGAGCUGCAGGCACUGGCUGAGGGCUGCAGGCACUGGCUGAGGGCUGCAGGCACUGGUUGAGGGCUGCAGGCACUGGGUGAGAGCUGCAGGCACUGGGUGAGAGCUGCAGGCACUGGCUGAGGGCUGCAUCCUGCUGCCAGAGGAAUUCCCCUUUUCCUGCCCGGCAGGAACUUCACAUUUUGAGGCAAGAAGCUGGAGGAGGCCAAGAACACAAGGGCUGUCCUGGAGCCCUAGCUGGUUUUAUAGGCAUGGCUUUAGAAUGAGCUGCUUGGAAAGCAGAGCAGAGCAGUUGGGUUUCAUUUGUUAGUUUCUUGGCAUGCUGAAGGAGCUGCUUGCUCAGGGUUAGGCUGGCACUGGCAGUGGUGGCACAGGCUGAACCUGCACUGUGGCCCCAGCAGUGGGCAUGGGGCUGUGCACAAGAGCCUGAUGGGGUUUGGCAGUGCUGCUCUGCAAGAGGUGUUGGCACAAAGGUGCUGCUCCCUUUUGUUAUCUCUGUGAAUGAGCAGGAGGCAUCUCCAGUGAGGCACCUCAAGUGCUGCACACACCCCAGCCCCAGAGUUGCCAUGAGCCAGGUUGGGUUGCCAAGGAGGCUGGGCAGCUGCUGCUGGGGCUUGGGCUGGUUAACCCUUGGCAGAGUUUAAGACCUGAAUUUCCAUAUCUGAUGAGAGUGGCUGUGUCCUUUCAAUUACUUGGCUUGCCAGCAAUUGCAGUAAAGCUUUGCACUGCAGAUUGUCUUCACAUCUUGCACUCUCUUUCAUGCAUUUGUGAGAGCCAAGUCCUUUGCAUCAGGCUCCCCUGUCCCAGGGACUGGCCUUGUCCUGCUGAGUGACAGAGCAUCCCCUGGCACAGGCAUUAGUGUCUCCCUGAGCAGGGUUCCACUGGCACCUGGGGUUGGUGCCAUGGGCUGGCUCUGGGGGGUGAGGGCAUGGCUGGGGGUAGCCCAUCUGGCUACCGAGGCACACAGUGCUCACAGCCUCCUCACCCCACUCACUUUGAGAAACCAGCUCUGGAUUAGUAAUGGGCUAUUUCUGGAUUGCUCUCAUGAGUAAUGGAAUGAAUUGUGCUGAGAUUUUUGGGUGGGGACAGUGGCUCUGCCACUGAGUCACUGCUCAGCAGCACGCUGGGCUCCCGAGCUGCUGGGGCCGGAGCUGUCCCGGGUCAGGGUGCACGACGGGGGCCGUGGGAAGGAGCUCUGGGAGCAGCACAGUUUGGAGCCAUCCACCAUUCCCCUCGCUGGCCAGGGCCUUGGCACCAUGCUCUGCCAUGCCAGCUGGCUUUGGUUAAGGUCUGAUGCCUGGCAGACGGGGCAGCUCUGGGUGUCUGCGUGGGACAGGGUGUUUAUCUCCCUCAGCAGCCGCUCCACAGACGUGUCUCUGCCGUGUGAGGAUGAGAUAACAGCACAGCCCUCACCACCUUUCCUCCUCUGUUUGUCUUUGAGACAUGGAGUCACUAUUUACUGCAGGCAAAGGAGCUUUCUGUCUGAGUAAAUAGACUUUUUUGCUGCUGGACUCUCCUUUUUCCACGCCAUGGUGAUGACGGCUGGAGAGACGGACGUGCCUUUGCCAUGGCAGCCAUCAGGAAGAAGCUGGUGAUCGUGGGAGAUGGUGCCUGUGGGAAGACAUGUCUGCUGAUUGUCUUCAGCAAGGACCAGUUCCCCGAGGUCUAUGUGCCCACUGUCUUUGAGAACUACAUUGCUGACAUAGAGGUGGAUGGGAAGCAGGUGGAGCUGGCCCUGUGGGACACAGCAGGGCAGGAGGACUACGACAGGCUGCGGCCUCUCUCCUACCCUGACACCGACGUCAUCCUCAUGUGCUUCUCCAUCGACAGCCCAGACAGCCUCGAGAACAUCCCUGAGAAGUGGACGCCGGAGGUGAAGCAUUUCUGCCCCAACGUGCCCAUCAUCCUGGUGGGGAACAAGAAGGACCUGCGGAACGACGAGCACACGCGGCGGGAGCUGGCCAAGAUGAAGCAGGAGCCAGUGAAGCCAGAGGAAGGGAGGGACAUGGCCAACAGGAUCAAUGCCUUUGGUUACCUGGAGUGCUCUGCCAAGACCAAGGAGGGGGUGCGGGAGGUGUUUGAGAUGGCCACCCGGGCCGGCCUGCAGGUCCGCAAGAACAAGAAGCGCAGAGGCUGCCCGCUGCUGUGAGCAGGAGGCAGCUGCCUGUGCCAGCCCCACAGCCCACGUGGGACCUCGUGGUGCCAGUACCUGCCCUGAACCCUCUACCUGAGAGCCUGGGGCUGUCCCUGCAGGGCUCCUGGCAGUGAGGGGUCAGUGCCUUCCACACCCGCUGCGCUCCACGGGCCGGGCUCCCCGCCGAGCCCUGGGUUGUACCCAGCUCCCUGGCUUCCCUCUCCCAUGGGGAUGGCUGUGGUGUUCCUCUCCCUCCUCCUCCUCCUCCUGCAGAAGCAGGAGAUGCUGCUGGCUGCUGGAGUCUGCUGGGCUCUUGGGGUGCUCUGCCCACUCCCCUUGGCCAUGCUUGGGAUGGCCUUGCCCAGAGCCAGGCUCGGCCACUGCCAGAAGCUCUCAGCUCCUGGGACCCCACAGAGGUUGUGGACUCUCUCCUUCUCUGUGACCUGCACUGGGGCAGCACCUUGGCCCAGCUCUGCCAGUAACACCUUUGAGUGUGCCUUGGUCAUGGACUUAGCACCAGUACACUGAACUGCAUAACUGGGAGAAUAAAUGCAACCUGGUAUUUUAGUAACUAA